GAGCACUUGUCCUUCUGGCGGGACCCGCGCGCUCGUGCAGGUGGCGUGUGGCGGCCUGAGGCCUUUGCAGAGCCCGGCGCGGCUCGCCUUCCCCCUCUCCACAGCCGGGCGGGGAGAGGCCGGCCCCAGGCUGCAACCGAGCGCCAGAGAAUAACAGUUUGGAGGGCCAAGAUGCUGUCCAGCUCAAGGAUAUUUGCAGUGAAUCAUAAGAAAAUAUCCAGCUUGAACAUUAAUAAUGUGUGUUGCUCUAAAAUAAGAGCAAGUUUAAAAAGAUUAAAGCCACAUGUGCCUCUUGGAAGAAAUUACAGUUCCCUUCCAGGUUUAAUAGGAAAUGAUAUCAAAUCCCUCCGUUCCGUCCUCAGCCCUCCUGCAGCUAAAAUCCGUAAUAUUGGGAUUAUGGCUCAUAUUGAUGCGGGCAAAACUACCACCACAGAAAGAAUAUUGUACUAUUCUGGAUACACAAGAUCACUGGGAGAUGUUGAUGAUGGAGACACAGUGACAGAUUUUAUGGCUCAAGAGAGAGAAAGAGGCAUUACUAUUCAAUCAGCUGCUGUUACAUUUGAUUGGAAGGGAUAUAGACUCAAUCUAAUUGAUACACCAGGUCAUGUGGACUUUACCGUGGAGGUUGAACGCUGUCUAAGAGUGCUGGAUGGUGCAGUGGCUGUAUUUGAUGCCUCUGCAGGUGUAGAGGCACAAACUCUCACAGUAUGGAGGCAAGCUGAUAAACACAAGAUACCUCGAAUCUGUUUUUUAAACAAGAUGGACAAAACUGGAGCAAGUUUUAACUAUGCAGUUGAAAGCAUCAGAGAGAAGUUGAACGCAAAACCUUUGGUUUUACAGUUACCAAUUGGAGAAGCCAAAACUUUUAAAGGAGUGGUGGAUGUAGUAAGUAAAGAAAAACUUCUUUGGAAUGCCAACUCAGAUGAUGGAAAAGACUUUGAGAGAAAACCCCUCUUGGAAAUGAGUGAUCCUGAACUGCUGAAGAAGACGACUGAAGCAAGGAAUGCCCUGAUCGAACAAGUUGCAGACUUGGAUGAUGAAUUUGCUGACUUGGUUUUAGGAGAAUUUAGUGAAAAUUUUGAUUUGCUACCACCUGAAAAGCUCCAGACUGCAAUACACAGAGUAACACUGGCUCAGACAGCAGUGCCGGUGCUUUGUGGAAGUGCCCUCAGAAACAAAGGGGUCCAGCCCCUGUUAGAUGCUAUUACCAUGUACUUGCCUUCCCCUGAAGAGCGCGACUAUGAAUUCCUGCAGUGGUAUAAGGGCGACUUAUGUGCACUGGCAUUUAAAGUUCUCCAUGACAAGCAGCGAGGACCACUGGUUUUUAUGCGCAUUUACUCAGGCAUGCUGAAACCCCAGUUGGCUGUCCAUAAUAUUAAUGGAAACUGCACGGAGAGAAUAAGUCGUCUGCUUUUGCCAUUUGCUGACCAGCAUAUAGAAAUCCCUUCACUGACUGCUGGUAACAUUGCUUUGACUGUUGGGCUUAAACAUACUGCCACAGGAGACACCAUUGUCUCAUCCAAGUCCAGUGCAUUGGCUGCAGCUCGUCGAGCUGAAAGGGAGGGAGAAAAGAAGCACAGACGAAACAGUGAAGCAGAGAGACUUUUAUUGGCUGGGGUGGAGAUUCCAGAACCUGUGUUCUUCUGUACCAUAGAACCCCCUUCAAUGGCUAAGCAGCCAGAUUUGGAUCAUGCAUUGAAAUGCCUUCAUCGUGAAGAUCCCAGUUUGAAAGUGAGGCUAGAUCCUGACACUGGACAAACUGUCCUAUGUGGAAUGGGGGAGUUACAUAUUGAGAUUAUUCAUGACCGAAUCAAGAGGGAAUAUGGACUGGAAACCUAUCUAGGGCCUCUCCAGGUGGCGUACCGAGAGACCAUCCUAAAUUCAGUUCGUGCCACAGAUACCUUAGAUAGAACUUUAGGAGACAAACGGCACCUUGUGACUGUGGAACUGGAAGCAAAGCCAAUUGAAACAGCCUCUGUUAGGCCAGUUAUCGAGUAUGCUGACAGUGUUAGUGAAGACCUUCUGAAGGCCUCCCAGGAGGCCAUUGAAAAUGGAAUCCACAGUGUGUGCCUCCAAGGACCAUUGCUUGGAUCCCCAAUUCAAGAUGUGGCGAUUACUUUACAUUCGCUGAUGAUCCAUCCUGGUACCUCCACAACUAUGAUUUCUGCCUGUGUCUCAAGAUGCCUACAAAAGGCUCUGAAGAAAGCCGACAAGCAAGUUUUAGAGCCCUUGAUGGGUCUUGAGGUUACAGUGACGAAAGAUUACCUCAGCCCUGUCCUGGCAGAUCUGGCACAAAGAAGAGGCAACAUUCAGGAAAUCCAGACUCGUCAGAACAACAAAGUUGUUAUUGGAUUUGUUCCAUUAGCAGAAAUCAUGGGCUAUUCAACUGUGCUUCGAACGCUAACGUCAGGCUCAGCUACUUUUGCCUUAGAACUGGCUAAUUAUCAAGCCAUGAAUCCUCAAGACCAGAGCACGCUGCUGAGCCAGAGAAGAGGCUUCACCUAAGGGCUCGAGGUCCUUGGGGAGAAAUUCAGGAGCACUUACCUGCUUUGUUUCAGUAAGAACAAUUUUUAUUGCUUUAUUUAUUGGACAAAUACAUUACUGUUUCAGUGCAAAGAACUAGAUGAAAGAUGUAACUUCAACUGACAGCACUGGAACUGUCCAUUCUACUUUAUUUUUUUUGAUACAAAAAUAUUUCCCUUUAAUAAAGAUUUUCACAUGUCUUAUAUUUAAGGGGAAACAAUUAAAAUGCUGUGUAAACAGCCCAUUAAAUAAAGUUUUACUAUUUAUCUUUUAGAUCAUAUAAUUUUUCUUCAAAAUCUGUACAUAUUCUUGUGAUGCUCUCAAAAGUAGAUCUUGAGUUAGAUUUGACUCAUCAGUGGAUCCUAGAGAAGCUCUACAGAAUUCAGAUUCCAAUUCUGCAGCAUCUUUCUCUGGUUCUCUGGUUAGACGUUUCCCACCUCCUGCCGUCUCUUGGUACAGUGCGUCUCCAUGCUGUUAUUUGGAGGCCGCGGUCUUGAGGUAGGACUCGCUCGGGUUUUCCCUUGGGGCCAAGAUUCCUGCUGAGCACUGAACUGCUAUUACGAUUCCCAGCACAAGUGGUCCCAGGACUGGCCUCGUAGUCAGAGUGCUGGGUAAAGAUCUGUUCUGCUGUGUCUCCAGGAGUUUGGUUCUGCUCUCUGCCAGCCUCUUCUUAGUCUCUUUAGUUUAUUUGCCAAUGAUGUACAACUUUUAAUUCUUCUAGAUAGAGUUGCUUAUAAGUUUCCAAUGUUUUAUUAGAAUCUUCUUGAGAAAUUUUCAUUUUGGAGAGUUCAGAUUCCAGAUCUUUAAUUUUGAGCUCCAUGUGACUUCUUAUUGAAGCAUUAUUAUUCUCUCUUAACUGCUCUGAGUUUUCUUGAGCAGCUGCUUAUGUCAGUAAUAGAUUGACUUCUUUUAAUUUUUCUACUGUCUUGCUUUCUUCAGUCUCUCAUUUAUACUGUUCUGCUUGACAACAUGUUCUACCAUCUUCAUUUCUGUAUGACUUUUGAGAUUUACUACUUCUUGAUCCAGCUUCUUUUUAUUUUUGUCUAGUUUUUCACUUUUGCUUUCAUGGAUAAUCCUAUCAAAGAACUUGAUUCUCUGCAGCCAGACGUACACAUUUUGAAGAUGCAGUUUCCAGUUUUGCUGUAAGAGCAUCAGUACUAUGUUUUAGCAUUACUCUGAAUAUCCAUUUCAAUUUGAUUGGUUUUUAAAUCUCCAUGGGAGCUAUGCUCUCCAUUUUCAUUUAACUUCCUUCUUGUCUUUUUUUUUUUUUUUUUUGGUGAGGAAGAUUGGCUCUGAGUUAACAUCUGUUGUGAAUCUUCUUCUUUUUGCUUGAGAAAGAUUGUCCCUGAGCUAACGUCUG